GAAAUUCGCCUGCCUCUGCCUCCCAAGUGCUGGGAUUAAAGGCAUGCGUCACCAGACCCGGUGGGCGGGACAUGUCUAAGCGGGAAGGGACCAGAGUUGGAAGCGUGAUCAAGCCCGGGCAGGGGAUGGCCCGGCCAGGGUCCACAGCGCGCGCCGUUGGUUGGUGCGGCGUGGUGAGGCGUGGCGCGGGAGGCGCCGUUGGUUGGUGCGCGGCUGGAGGGUGCGGCGCUGGCAGCGCCGAUGUUUGGUCACGGUAGGCUGGGCCAGGCCAUGGCCCUGCUGUUGGUUCUGGGCAUGACAGCGGCCCUGGCCCGGGGCUGCCUGCAGUGCGACCCCAAUUUCGCGGAGAAGUUCUCUUUCUACCGUCACCACGUGAAUCUCAAGUCGUGGUGGGUGGGUGACAUUCCUGUGUCGGGGAUGCUGCUCUCCGAUUGGAUCCAGAACACGAUGAAGGAGCUCCAUCUGGCCAUUCCUGCCGAGAUCACCCAGAAGAAGCUAUAUCAAGUGGCAAAAGCCGUGUACCAGAGGAUGGACCAGCUGUACCAGGGGAAGAUGUACUUCCCAGGGUAUUUCCCCAAUGAGCUGCGGGCCAUCUUCCGGGAGCAAGUGCGCCUCAUCCAGAACGCCAUCAUAGAGAGCCGCAUUGACUGUCAGCGUCACUGUGGCAUCUACCAGUACGAGACCAUCUCCUGCAGCAACUGCACAGACUCCCACGUCAUCUGCUUUGGCUACUACUGCAAGUCAUCGGCACAGUGGGAGUCAGCUGUACAGGGCCUUCUGAAAUACAUAAACACCUGGCACAAACAGGAUGAAAAGAUGAGUCACAUCUGCCUAUGUGGUCAACACACUGCCUGAACCAUGCUGUGUUUCUUCCCUGCGGCCUCAACUUGGAUGUGCAGAACCACUCCAGCCUUGUGAGUGAGCUGGGGAAUAAGGCUACAAAGAAGCAGGUGACCUGUGGAAAACAUAGAAUUCCAAAGUCAAGUGGCCUCUUUGCCACACACCCCUCAUGCCCUAUCGAGGCCUGUCAUUGUGGGUACUGGGGAGGGUCCCUAUUCUACUGGCACACUUUAGGAUUUAAGAACAGGCAGGGACUAGGUGUAGCAAUGCAUUCCUAUAAUCCCAGCCUUCCAGGAGCCUGAGGCAGGAGAAUCUUAGGGGCUAGCUUGGACUGUAUUAAUGGGCUAUGGGAGGCAGCCUAGGAAGGGAGGCGGGAGGGCAUGUGCAGACAGUGGGCUUAGAGCACCUCCUCCUCACCCCCCAAAGCCUGUCACCAAACAUAAAGUGUCUGGAACCUCAGCAUCUGCUCAACCUGACCUUGGAAAAUGUCUCUGAGUGUCUGACCCAGCACUGACAGUGGCUGCCAGCCCCCAGCCUCGGCAGGGGCCAGGACUCAACUGCACUGUGGCAGCCUAUUCCUCUGGAGAGGCUAGCUGCUGCCUGCCUCAAGUUACCCCUCCCACUCCCAUGGAACCCAGGCUGGGCCCGGACUGGGGAGGGCAGGGAGAUGGGCUUGUGUAAGAUAGUGGGGAACCCCCCAGGGCAGGGCCCUCUGAGAUAUUUUGAUUAAAAUGCCCUGACAUUUCUCACGAGGAA